GCGUCCCACGCUCACUGCAUGCAUGCCGGUGCGGUGGACCGACACAACCAUUCCCUCCCAGACCACACCCGACCGGAUCUGUGCUUUGCGCCGACCCAGCUCACCUCUUCUCUAUUGUGAAGACGAUUUUGCGGAUUCCGGAAGAGCCUCUGUAAUUGGGACUUCAAUCGCAAAAAUUGAACCUCUUGCGACGCAACAUAUCGGCCUACAGUUUGUUGGGAGGCGGACAGUUCCGGCAAACGCCUUGGACCAUUUCUCGGUUUCGUAAAGUCUCUGUAAAAAUUGGGAUCUGACAGCAUUCACAAAAACGCUGAUAGGGGGGUAGCAAAUUCAAAAGCUGGCAGGAUAUGGAAUAGGGGGAAACGUUAAAGCAGCCACUCGUCAAGGAAUAUUGAGUUGCGCCUUGGUUGCUAUAUUUUAAACUUGCCGAACAAAACUCAUCAAAAGAAAAAAUCUUCUCUUCGCCUGCAUUCAAUCACAACAAAGAAAACAUAGAAGCGACAUGAGCGAACGUAUGAUUGAGAUCCAGCGCGCAAGACUUCUGGCAGCUGGGAAAGGAAACAGUAACGUUGCUACCGCUUCAAAUGGCAGUGCUGCUGGAGGAUCCGCUUCUGGGGCACAUCCUGCCCUAGCCAGUACUGCAUUGGGGUCGCAAGCAGCUGGCUCAGUGCGGCAAACUCCGCAACAAGCAGCCGCUACCGCCAUGCUUCAAGAAGAUCAGCAUCUACUUCGUUUUUUGCAACGGCUACAGGAAAGGGAGGAGAGCUCGGGCUCGGGAGGUCCAACUGUACCGACUGCACUUUCUCGCCGACUUUUACAUAGACAGGGCGCUGGUUUUCUAGAUGAAUCUGUUUCUGCCGUGGCAUCGGCUGCCGCCGAUAGAUUCCUAGCCACCAUAUUGCAGCAGGCCAUUGCCUGCCGCGACCAAAGACUCAAAGGAGCCGAGAUGGUUAGAGAAGCAGCGCGACACCGAAAGCGACAUGCUGAACAAUUUGAAGCCGAUGCUGACGACCGAAGGAGGAGAAGAAAGGAACACGACGAGCUCCGUGAGAGUAGCAACCUUGCCACCAUUCAAGCCGCGGAUUCCGUGAAGAGGGCCUCGAAGGCCGGCACUUCUGAAACCGAAGGGGGUCCAACGAAUUCCAAAAAGAAGAAGAAAAUAGAAGACAGCCUAGUAAAUGGAUUUAAAAUCAAACGGAAAAAGAUUGACGACGAAGAAGAAGCUUCGUAUGACUCUAUUGACGAAGAAAACGAAUACUAUCAGGCCUACUACGGAGGUAGCGCCGAUGAGGUCAGUUCCGACGAAGAAGAGGAUAAUGAAAUGCUAAUUCUACGUGACGUCGCUCGUCCUUUAGAAACUUGGAAUUUUCACGUUGCUGGGAAAUUGGGCAUGGACCCUGCCUUUGACGAAGAAGAUAAAUUAGAUGACAACGGUCUCGAACGACCUGAAUUCGCCCUGAACGAAGAAGCUCAGAUAAACAACUUCGACAUUGCAGUAAACGAAGAAAUUAAAGGUGCUGGAGACGGUUCCAAGGCUACAAUUUUUACGAAAGGAACUGAGGAUUCGUUUGUAAAGGGGAAGCAAACUGUAGCUAACAGUAAGCUAUCAUCCUCUCCCUCUGCAGGUGGCGCGUCUCAAACAAAAAGUGGCUCGCCUUCGAAAUCGUUCGAAGACGGAUGAAGAAUUUCAAGUGUGGAAAGGUUUUUGUCUUGAUCCAUUAUGUAGCGGUGUUAUUUUCCAAAUUGUCGUCAAUACCCUUUCACACGCGAAAAAUUUCUAGAGCAAUUGGGCUUAAAAAGUGUCAAUGAAGCC